AAUGUAAAUGUCAUGAGUCAUGUAUAAUUUGUGAUGUGUUUGUUAUUUGUUAUGUGCUUCGACUCUGCGACCUAAAGUCAAAGUGUUAAACAGAACAAAAAAUUUCUUUGUGUGUUUUUGAAGAAUUUACAAUCCUAAAAACAGAGUUCAACAUACUCAGUUCAUUUGAAUAGUUUCGAAGAUGGAUUCUAAGAAGAAAGAUCUGGAAAUUAUUUACAGCCUGCAAUGGAAAAACAUGUCGGCAAAUGGUAGUGACAAAGCAAACAUUAUUGGAAUGUAUGAUAUUCCAGCAACAACCCUCAACUGGGAAAUAUUCAAAUCAUAUUUGCUAAAACAUUCUGGAACUGUUGGAGAUGAUGUAAAAGUUUACUACAUCACUGAUAGAAAUAGGGAGUUCCCCAUCGAAUCCCAGACAGAUUUUCAAAUUGCCCUAUACGCUUUUCGCCGCAAAGCUCGAAUGGGUGAUGUUGUCAACUUGAAGCUUGAUAGAAUUUCUGACCAACCGACACACAGAAACAUUCGACAUUCCAAUGAUGUACAAACUCAGUACGAUAAUGAAGCGCCUUCUCUUGUUUCAACAUGUUGCAAUGCUGAUUCACCACCAGAGUGGUUUAUAUCUUAUAUGACGCAGUUCAAGAAAGACUUCUCAGAAGAGUUGACAAGUACAGUAUCUGCAAUUGUGUCAAACAUGAAACCAAUUGCUGUAAGUCAACCUGUGUGUCAUCAUACUCGCAAAACCAAGGUAGAGAGUUCAAAGAGAAUCAGGAAACUUCCCCAUCCUGUCGUUGACUUUUCUAAUGAUACCAAAGAAAUCAUGAAAUCUUUGAAAUUGGAGGGAAAAUUGGAACGUAAACUGGAAAAGCUUGAAUGCAAAACUAAAAAAAUCCGUGAAAAGAAGCUUGCUCUUUUCACCAAAUCCAGCGACAGCGAAGCAGGACCGAGUAAUAGCAGAGCUCGACCUGAUCCUCCCCAAGAAAUUGAACAUGAAGAUGAAUUGCUACCGAUGGAUGCCAGACCAAUAAAUUUCCAACAGUCCAUUCCCCGGUUUUAUGGCGGUGGCAUGUAUACCCAACAGUGGUAUGUGGAGAAUACCGGACAAUUACCAUGGAACGCUAACACUAGUCUAGUGUACACUUGGGGUUCAAAAGAUCUGGAACCUGAGGAGAGGUCUGUAGCAGUUCCACACUUGAAGCCUGGCGAAAAAGGAGUAAUCACUGUCGUUCUUCAUAUACCUCGUCAACCUGGACACUAUGAAUGUUACUGGCAUUUUCACCAGAACUCCCGCCGUUUUGGACACUGGCUUGGUUGUCAAAUUACAGUGGAGGAGAAAAGUUAUGACUUGGAAAAUUAUACUUUUAGCCGUCUAUCUGAAUUGAAUCAAAAACUGACUACUCCUAAGGAGACUGUAUCCAAAGUCGAACCAGCAAUAUCUGAAACUUUUACAAAAGAGGGACUCGAAGGAGCAGGUUGCUAUGAAGUCGUGAGGAAUAUUGGUUCCAGAGUUGCAGAUAUGAAGUUACAAGAUCCAACUGACACUAACUGCAGCAGCAGUGACUCUGACAAUCAAAGUAUAGUUUCUGUACCAGAGAGCAGGUCUUCAAAAGGAUUAACCCAGGACUAUAUCGUUGUACCCAUACCAGAAUGUUUUAAAAUUGAUGAUUUGAAUGCAGAAGGUUUAUCAAGCCGUUCAAAAGCUACUACAGUUGUUGUUGACUCUGCAGAAAAAUUGGAUAUUGACGAAAAAAAUUCUGAGAACUUUGAUGGUAACAAUAAUUCACAAGGAUCAGAUCAAAACUCUAGGGAAUCUCUUUAUAAGGCGGAUGACGCUUCCUCCAACUCAAGUCGUAAAUCUGACAUAGUAAUGGUGACGCUACCUGAAAAGAACGAAGAUACUGAAG